AGCAACCUUGUCUACUCCUUGUCCCUACUCCCUGCCUUCAUUUGUCAUACUGUGAGAAACUAGACAGCGAAAAUACCAAAAGUCCCCUGAUUUAAGCCACUACCUUGAUAUUUGCAACACACAGAUACCACUUUGACAAAACAGUUGGACACACAGGUCUUUUAUUAUUACCUGUUACUUACUUUUCAGUACUGAUAGGAACAGGCUACUACAGGAGGGCGUUCCUUUUGUCAAUUUCAAUUUUCAAAUGAAAGCAGUAAAGACCCUUGAUUUUCUGUAACUUGCAAGAUUCGGUUUCUUGAUUUUAUUGCGUUUCAAAGAAUGAGAAAUGGUUGAUGAUGAUGAUGGGUACAGGAGGUGUUCAAGAAGUGCAGGCAAGUGGAGGUGUAGGGAGAGAGCUUUUAGUGGCAAAGCGUAUUGUGAAAAACACCAUCUUUAUUCAGUGGAGAGGGGUUUGAAGAGAAGCAUGGAGAAGAAGAGUGGAAAUGGAGGCGGGGUUGAAGUGGGUUCUCAGAAAAAGAAGAGACAGAGGGAGGGAAGUGAAGAGGAUUCAGGUAUUUUGGCGGGAGAGAAGGAACAGAAGGUUAGUGAUCAUGUGGGUUUUGGAGAUCAAGGGGUUCAUGACUGGUUUAGUGGAGGGAAUUCAGAUGUUUUGGAGUGGUUUGAUGAUGUAGGUGCUGGUAAUGUUGGUGAAAGCUUUCAACUUUGGCAAAACGAAGCUACUGCACGUGGGAAUAAUGGGCAGGUUCUUGGUGGUGAGGGGUUUCAAGAUAGUUUUGGUGGAGAAUGUGGUGGUACUGAGGUUUUGGGUCUGGAUGGUAAGGUUUUUCAGGUUUGGGACGGUGAAGGAUUUCGAUUGGGCGAGUCUGGUCUGGGUGCUAGUGAAAAUGGUGUUGUGGGUCUAGGUGAUCAAGGGGCCCCAGACCUAUUUUGUCAAGUUAGUGCUGCUAAUGUUGGAAAUGUGGGCGUGGGUUCUGGUGGUGGAGGAAUACACGGGGUAUUUGGUGAAGUCAAUGGGAAAAGUGGUGAUAUAACCCUCUCUGGUGAAAGCAUGGAGGGACUAUUUGGUGAAUGUAAAAAUGGAGGUAUGGCUGCUAGUGGUGAAGGGGUUCAAUGCUGGUGUGGUGAAGCUGGGUGUGCUAGUAUUGACGGUGAGGGAAUUCAGGGCCUUUUUGGUGAAACUACUUGUGAAAAUGGGGGUGAAGGGAUUGAAAGUGGAUGUCAUAGGAAUGGAGGUGGAGAUGAUGUUGAAGAUGAUGGGAAAACGAACAAGAAGGAAAUUUUUGGUGUUGAAGCAGUUGGUAUUGACGAUUCAAGUGAGUUUGGUGGUGAUGACAACGGUGGAGCUGAGGUUUCUCCAGUGAAACGCAAGCGAGGGCGACCAAAGGGUUUAACGAAGAAGAAGAAUGAUCCUCGAGGUCAAGUAAAACUUGGCCUAGGUGGUGAUAAUGUGAUCGGAAAUGGUAGUGCCGUUGGGAUGAUUGAAAUGGAAAUGUUCAGUGAAACCAGUGGUGUCAAUGGAGAAGGAAAUGAGAAUAACCCAGUGGAGGAUAAGCAAAUCCUUGGUGCUGGAGAAUGUAUUGAGAGAUCAGUUGGAAAUGAUAUUGUGCGGCCAAAGGCAAAGCGUGGCCGACCAAAAGGUUCAGGGAAGAAGCAAAAAGAUGUUGCACCUGAAGAAAAACAGUGCUUGCCUGGUGAUUUUCUGGGCAAUAACAAUGCUGGCAUUGAGUCUGUUACCCCGGCAACAUUGGAGAAUGGGAGGACUACUCUUCUAUGCGCAGAGGACGAUGAAACUCCUGGUGGAACUGAGACUGUCACACCAAAAAGGCGUGGGAGACCAAAGGGAUCAAAAAAUAAGAAUAAUGGAGAUACUGCAGGUGAGAAUCAAGAAAUGACUGGUGAAACUAAGGGUUGUAUUGGUAGUGUUGUAUGGACUCCGAUACUAAUGGGUGUGGAGAGUGAGACUACUAUUGCAGGGGCAGAGGAUAGAGAAAUUCCUGGUGAAGGCACUUGUGCUAAUGGGAAAGUAGAGGAGAUCAUCGCACCAAAGAAGCGUGGCAGACCAAAGGGUUCAAAAAAGGAGGAAAUCCUUGCUGGAGAUGAUCGAGAAAUGCCCGGUGAAACCAAGGAUACAACUGACUGUGACAAUAGGACUGCUAGAUCAAUGCAGUUGGAGAGUGAGAGGACUACACUUGAAGGUGCAAAGGACAAAGAAUUGCCUGAUGAAGUCACUGGUGGUAAAGGGAUCAUCACACCAAAUAGGCGUGGCAGACCCAAGGGUUCAAAGAAUAAGAAGGAAAAUCUUGCCAGUGGUGAAGCCAAGGUGAGUGUUGAUAGUUGUGAUAAGACUAAUAUGCCAAGGGUUUUGUGGAAUGAGAGGAUUACUCUUUUAGAUGAAGAAGAAAAUGGAGGCAGUCACGAAUUGCCCCGUGGUAUUGUGGGUUAUAAUGAAAGUCGUGAUAACAAAGUCAGGCUGGCAGGUUGUGUGAAUGACAUGACUUGUUUAGGGGAAAAUGAUGGGGCAAUGGCUGAUGAUAAUAUUGACAGUAGUUUUGGAGUGAAUGAUAAAAGCAAACCUAAGCGUAAGCGAGGGCGACCAAAGAACUCGAAAAAUAAGCAAAAAUCUCUUGCUGGUUACAGGCAACAAUUUCCCGGUGAUAUCAUGGUUAGCAAUGAUGGGGCUGAUAAUAAAGUUAGGUUGAUGGGUUUUGAGAAUUGGACGACUGCUACUUUUGAUGGAUAUAAAGCUUUGUGUAGUCACGCCACUAUUGAAGGUGCUGACAACAAAGCUAGUCUGCUAGAUUUAGGGAAUGGGAUGGCUGCUCUUGUGGGUGAAAAAGCUAGGAAAUUGCCUAGUGAGGCCACUGGUGUUAGUGGAGAUGGUCAGGAAAUCAUAAAGCCUAGUCUUGACCAAAGAGUGGGCUCCAAGAACAAGCCAAAAAAUCCAGCAGGUGAUAGUUGGGAAUUGCCUAGUGACAUUGUGGAUAGAAAUGGAGAUGCGGGCAAUGUAAUCAGGGAGGUGGUUUUAGAGAAUAGGAUGGUUGUUUCUUCAUGUGAAGGACAUCGGGUAUUGUCUGUUGAGGUCACUGGCCAUAGCAGAGAGGGAAAUGAAAUUAGAAAGCCUAGGCCACGCGGCCGACCAAAGGGCUCAGUGAAGAAGAAAAAUCUUGCUGAUGGUCACCAGGAAUUGCCUGGGGAAGUUAUGAACGGUAAUGAUGGCAAGGACACAGUUAGUCUGAUGGGUUCAGAGAAUAGGAUGACUGCUCUUUUAGGUGAAGAGUAUUGGGUAUUGCCUGGUGUGGCCACUGGCCAUAGUGGAGAGGCGUAUGAUAAUAUAAAGUCUAGGCGUGGUCGUGGCCGACCAAAGGGCUCUGGGAACAAGAAGAAAAAUCUUGCAGGUGGUGGUAAUCAGAAAUUGGCUGGUGUAGUUAUGUAUGGUAAUGAUGGAGAGAAUGCUGUUAGGUCGAUGGGUUUAGGGAAUGGGAUGACUACUCUUAUUGGAGAAAAACAUAGAGCACUGACUGGUGAGUCCACUGGCCAUAGUGAAGAGGGGGAAAUUCCUAAGCGUAAGCCAGGUCGUCCAAAGGGGUCAAAGAACAAGAAAACUCUUGCAGGUUGUAUUCAGGGAUUGCCUGGUGAAACCAUGUGCGGUAAUGAUGCUGGUGAGAAAACACUGAGGCUAACUAGGAUAGAUAAUGGUUGGGCAGCUCCUUUAGGCAAGGAAGUUAAGUUGGUGCCUUGUGAGGUCAAUGGUGUUAGUAGAGAUGGAAAUGAUACCAUGAAGACAAAUGUUAAGCAUGACCAACCUAAGAGUCUGAAAAUAAGGAAGGAGGGUGACGGAAAUGAGGAAAUCCAGUGCAAAAUCAAGUGUAAAAGUGAUGGUGAGGAUAGUAUUAUUUGUCUAGCAGGUUCUGAGAGUGAAGGGAGUAUGCUUGAAGGUGAGGAAGAUAGGAUAAUAGCAACUGAAGCUGCUGGUGGUAAUGAAGCUGGCACUGCAAAUCCCCAGUCUAAGAUUGAGUGUGCUCAACCUGAAGCUUCAAAGAGAAAGAAGCUAAGUAUUGCUGCUAAAGAAGAAGAGAGACAGAAUGGAGAAUUUAUGGGCAAAGACGAUGGUGAAAGUAAAAGGCCAAACAAUAAGCAAGUCAGACGAAAAGUCUUAAAGAGUAAGAGAACUAUUCUGUUAGCUAAAUCUUUUGACCGUAUAUUAAGGCAGAAGUAUGGAAUGAAGAAGGAAAGUGGGGAAGAUUUGGGAAUGGACAGGGAUAUUCUGGUUGAGCAAACUGGUCACUGGAGCAAUAUUAAGAAGAGGCCUAGGGGAAGGCCACCAAAGCACAACCGAUCAGAAAAUUCAAAUUUACUAGGUGCCAACAAGAAAAACGAACAGAAGACCUUGAUGUGCCACCAAUGCUGCAGGAAUAAUAGGAGUGGUGUUGUCAUUUGUUCUAAUUGCAAAAGAAAGCGCUAUUGCUAUGAGUGCCUUGCGAAGUGGUACCCUAAGAGAACACACGAGGAGAUAGAGAUUGCAUGCCCAUUUUGUCGUGGUAAUUGCAAUUGCAGGGUAUGCCUCAAGGAAGAUGUAGUUGUGGUCGCUGGUGAUGAUAAAGCUGAUGCAAAUGCCAAAUUGCAAAAGCUUCUUUACCUGCUACACAAGACUUUACCUCUCCUCAGGCAUAUUCAAAGGGAACAGAACUCUGAAAUAUAUGUAGACUCCAGGAUCCAUGGUAGCCUAUUAACAGAAGAGCAUGUAACAAAAUCUUUACUUGACGAUGAUGAUCGAGUAUAUUGUGACAAUUGCAGUACAUCUAUUGUUAAUUUCCACAGAAGCUGUCCCAAUCCUGAUUGUUCCUAUGAUCUCUGUCUCACUUGUUGUUCGGAACUCAGAAUAGGAUUUAAGCCUGGAGGUAAUGAAGCAGAAUCUUCUCACCUACGAUUUUUUGAAAGAGUAGACAGUCAAGGUGCGCUUGUUCAUGACCAGAUAAAUGAAAAUGGAAAAGGACUUGGUUGCAAGACUCAAGUGUCUGAUUUGGAAAGUAAGUGCACAGCUGAUAUGUCAUGCAAGUUUCCUGAUUGGAGAGCAGAGAGUGAUGGAAGGAUUCCUUGCCCUCCUAAAGAACUGGGAGGCUGUGGUAACGAGAUACUCACCUUGAGACGUAUCUUUGAUGCUAAAUUCGUUGAAGAGAUGAUUAAGAGUGCAGAGGAACUUACUCUUAACUAUCAGUCCCCAGAUAUUAGACUUUGUGAAGAAUGUUAUUUGUGCCAUCCUACCAGUUCCACUGAAAAUGGAUCUAAAGAUUUUGCAGUGAGGAAAGCAGCUUAUAGGGAGAACAGUGAUGAUAACUUUCUGUACUGCCCAAAUGCACUUCAGUUGGGUGAUGAUGACUUUGAACAUUUUCAAUUGCAUUGGAUGAGAGGUGAACCUGUUAUAGUUAGACAUGCACUUGAAAGGACUUCUGGUCUGAGCUGGGAACCAAUGGUCAUGUGGAGGGCUUUUAAAGGUGCAGAAAAGAUAAUAAAAGAGGAAGCACACAGGGUUAAAGCCAUUGAUUGCCUGGAUUGGUGCGAGGUUCAGGUUAAUAUUUUCCAGUUUUUCAAGGGCUAUUUAGAGGGUCGUAGCUAUAGGAAUGGUUGGCCAGAGAUGCUGAAGCUGAAGGAUUGGCCCCCAUCAAAUUUCUUUGAAGAAUGUUUGCCAAGGCAUGGUGCUGAGUAUGUUUCUAUGCUCCCCUUCAGUGAGUAUACCCAUCCAAAAUCUGGCAUUCUGAAUAUGGCUACAAAGCUUCCUGCUGUUUUGAAGCCAGACUUGGGGCCUAAAACUUACAUAGCAUAUGGAUUUGUGGAAGAACUUGGUAGAGGUGAUUCAGUGACAAAACUGCAUUGUGACAUGUCUGAUGCGGUCAAUAUACUUACUCAUAUGACAGAAGUGAAAGUUCCUCGAUGGCAAAGCAAAAUUAUAAAAAAAAUACAAAAGCAACAUGAAGCUGAAGAUAUGAAUCCGGUUUGUGGUGGGAUACAGAAAGUGACUCGUAAGUCUGGAAGGAAGCCACGAAAAAGAAGGCGGAAAGUUGAGAAAAUGGAUCCUGAAUUACCUAAAAAAGAUGAAAAUAUCGAGAGUGACUCCUCACUAGAGCGGUUGUAUGUCCAGGAACAGAAACUGGAAGAACAAAAAAGCAUGUGCCAAGAGUUGGGGGAAUUUUAUAGCAUUGUGUGUGGGAUAAGAUGUUCUUCAACUAAAUCUGAGGUGACUGCUGAUACCAAUUUGCAGCCAGUUGCAAAAAUGAAUGCAAGGGUGCAAAAUUAUGAUACGAGCUCUGCUGAUUUAAAUGAAAGUGUGAACAGAGAUUGUACUGAAGGAAACCACACCUCAGAACUUGUUUAUGGUGGUGCUGUUUGGGACAUUUUCCGUCGGCAGGAUGUGCCCAAGUUAAUUGAAUACUUGAAGAGGCAUCAGAAAGAAUUUCGCCAUGUCAGUAGCCUGCCUGUAAAUACUGUUAUUCAUCCCAUCCAUGACCAAACCUUUUAUCUAAGUGAGAAACACAAAAGGCAGCUGAAGGAGGAGUUCAAUGUUGAACCUUGGACAUUUGAGCAGCACCUUGGUGAGGCUGUUUUCAUACCUGCAGGAUGUCCUCAUCAAGUGAGGAAUAGACAGUCAUGCAUAAAAGUGGCCCUUGAUUUUGUAUCCCCUGAGAAUGUUCAAGAAUGCAUUCGGUUGACAGAGGAGUUUCGUUUGCUUCCAAAGACCCACAGAGCCAAGGAAGACAAAUUGGAGGUGAAAAAGAUGGCACUAUAUGCUGCCAGCGCUGCUGUAACUGAAGCCAAAAAUCUGAAUUCUUGGGUAACUGAAGCCAAAAAUCUGACUUCUUGAGUAAGACCAAUUUUGCUAUAGGCCUCAUUAACUGUUGCCAACCCUUUUCUUGUUUUGUUGCUGGGAAGCCAUGAUUUGGGAGAUCAAUAUAUUUUGUAGAUGUCUUUCUUGCUAUAUCCAUUUGUCUGCUAGUGAAAUAAAGUAUGCAGGUUUCUUAAGGUCUUGGUAGUUGCAAACUUUGAUGUAAAUUGAACCCGCUUUGACAUUUUAAAAUCUGACAGAUUUAGGAUCA